AGCUCCAGCCCCAGACAUGUCCUGCUACACCCCGUGCCGGCCCUGCCAGCCCUGCGGCCCGACCCCGCUGGCCAACAGCUGCAAUGAGCCCUGUGUCAGGCAGUGCCAGGACUCCAAUGUCUUCAUCCAGCCCUCCCCCGUGGUGGUGACCCUGCCCGGGCCCAUCCUCAGCUCCUUCCCACAGAACACCGCCGUGGGAUCCUCCACCUCCGCUGCCGUUGGCAGCAUCCUCAGCUCUCAGGGAGUGCCCAUCAACUCCGGGGGCUUUGGCCUCUCUGGCCUGGGCAGUGGUCUCUGUAGCAGGAGCUGCUUCCCCUGCUAA